AACUCGCUGAACACUAUGGCCGCAUUUGUGAGACUUUAACUCAAUUCAUCGUCUUACACGGUCGAUUUUCUUUUCUUUCUUCUAUUCAGACUGAUUGCAUCAGUUCAUUUUGAGAUACCCCCUUCUCCCCAACUCUUCCCCCGCAACCUCGCCUGUUUAUAGAGUAAGUAGGUGAGGUCGAGGUCGAGGUCCUUUUCUCAGCAUCACGCCAAAUUGGCCCAUCCGAAACCCACCUGCAAAGAGCUCCUGCUGUAUACGAGAUACAAACACAGCAACCCAGCAGUUCACCCCCCACACUCGGCUCGGCACCGCCUCGAUUUGAUCACGAGUAUUGGAUUCUGCUUUAUCGUCAGUCAUGGUUCGCUUGCUCCCGGUUCUCGUGGCCCUAUUUUUGGGUGCGGGCCAUGCAGCUGCACAAGACAAUGGUGUGUCGGCGUGUUCGGCCGGCUGCAUCAGUCAGGUCUUCGGCGACACAACCAAGUUGUCAUGCCCCGCAAACGACAGUGUGUGUGCCUGCAACAAUGACAAUUUUUGGUUCGCCAUCAGAGACUGCAUCACACAGGCAUGUACUGGAGAGAACCUGGCCGCCCAGCUCGACGAAGCCAAGACCUCCGCUGCUGUCCAGUGCGCCGCAAUAGAAGCUUCGGCCGGAGUCACUGCUCCCCUUAGCUCUAGCACAACCGCAACCACGGUGCCCGCGACGACCCCUCUACCAGCAACCACCGCCAGUCCGAACACCAAUACUAGUCCCGGUCCUGGUCCUAGUCCUAGUCCUGAUCAUGGCUCAAACGCCAGCCCAACCACGAGCACGGCGCCGACCACAUCUGCAGCAACCUCUACCACGACUCCUGUGGCUACCACGGCCAGCCCUUCCAUAGACGCCGCGUCGAGCUUGCGGACCUCCACCACCCAAGACACUGAUCCGCAGAGCUCAGCCGCAAGCAAGACUAGCGCCUCCGCUUCGUUGUCCUCCACAAGCUCCUCCACGUCGACUUCAGGGGCUGCCAGCGUUUCCAGUAGCUCGGACGUUGACGCAUCCUCAACUGGAAACUCGUCGGGUGACCUUGGUGUGGCAGCAAAGGCAGGUAUUGGCGCUGGUGUUGGUGUUGCCCUGCUGUUAUCAGCGGUUGUCGCUUGCUGCAUCCUGGCCAGGAAACGGAAGCGUAGUCCAAGCCGCAGCCCCAGGUCCUCGCGUAUUCCUACCAUGCAGAUUUCGAGGCCCCUCCCCGGCUCCGGGCGCCAGUAUGCGCAUGAUGUCGAGGCAGCCAAGAUGUCGUCCUUGUCGACACAGUUCCGCAAAGACUAUCCUUCCCCCAUCCAACCCAUUCUUUACAGUCCAACGGCCAGUUCGUCUCAUUACUCGCCGAAAUCGGCUUACGCGCCAUCGCGACCCUCACGCGACGACGACUUCAACGUACAGGGUCGCCGCUAUGAGGACAUGUUGCCCAGAACACAACCUAGAACCAUGAUAUGAUAUUCCUCAUCAAGGAGCGCACAUCUCUGCAUUCAUAUGAAUUUUACGUUCACAUGGCGUUUUCGGCAUUUGAAAGGUUCUAGAUCUAGAACUUCUAGUCCUAUGGGAAUACGUUGCAUACAAUGGGAAUGGUAAUGGUGACUUGUCAGUCUGGGCACCAUGGCUGCGGGUAUGGGGUUCAUAAAGGAAUAAGCAGGACGAUAAACACUCUAAAACCCAGAAAUUAUUCGGAGAAUUGACGAUUUACGACUCGGCUGUGCAACAUCUGCUAGCUAGCUAUUAACCCAGUCACUAUGGUAAGAUCAUGACAAAUGUGCAACAAAUUAGACUAUGGAGUAUCAAACGUUUAGUUGCCAAACACGUCGCCAC